AUGCCGAAAGUUCGAGUGUCCAAAGUUGGAAAAGCUAAAAACUAUGUACUAGAAUUUCCAAACGAACAUUUUCAGAGCGAUGGUGAGAUUUUGUACUGUUCUGCGUGUGAAAAAUCUGUUUCCAUUGAACAACGUUUUUUAGUAGUACAACAUAUAGGGACCGCCAAACAUAAAGAGAGUAAAAUAAGACGACAAAAAUUCAAACAGCAGUUUUUUACUUCCACCUGCAGUACUUCUUCAGGUAAUAAAAACUCGUUUAAUUCCGAACUUUGUCGUGCUUUUAUACAUGCGGAUAUUCCGAUCUCCAAGUUGGAAAAUAAAUCAUUGAAUGCUUUUUUAACAAAGUAUACGGGGCAAUUAAUUCCUGACGAAAGUACUCUUAGAAAAAAUAACAUGACAGAAAUUUACCAGGAAACACUUAAUUCUAUUAGAAACAUCAUUGAAGAUGGCCCUAUAUGGGUUUCGAUCGACGAAACAGUAGACGUUGAAGGUAGAAUGGUUGGAAAUGUUAUUGUUGGAAAAUUAAGUGAAACCUUUUCUAAACCAUUUUUAUUAAAUUGUACACAGUUAGAAAAAUGCAACCACAAAACCAUAGCCAAACUAUUUAACGAUUCGAUGAGUUUAUUAUGGCCAAAAGGUGUAAAACACGAAAAUGUAUUAUUGUUUUUAACUGAUGCAGCGCCGUAUAUGGUGAAAUCCGCAGUUGCCAUUAAUGUAUUUUACCCAAAGAUGAUUCACUUAACAUGCUUAGCUCAUGGACUUCAUAGAGUUGGAGAAACCAUUAGAGCUAAAUUUAGUAAAGUAGACAAGUUAAUUUCUGAGGUAAAAAAAAUAUUUUUAAAAGCUCCAAGUCGUGUAGAAAAGCUGAAAGAAAUGUAUCCAAAUUUGAAUCUUCCACCAGAACCAAUAAUUACUAGAUGGGGGACAUGGUUGAAUGCAGUAAAAUACUAUUGCGAAAACUUUGAAAAAAUAAAAGAUGUUGUAUCAACGUUGGAUUCUACUUCAGCAGUUUCUAUUCAAAAAGCGAAACAUUUAUUAAAUAUAGAUGAUAUUAAAAAUAAUUUAAUUUUGGAUUUUUAG